CGCCGGCACGACAGCAUCUCCCGCAUUCACAGUACGAACGAGCCUCAGCUCCUAGAGGUGCGCGACGCGGAACAUGCCAAGGGCCCCCAGUGCCCACUGAUCGUGGGGGGAGGGAGGGGCGCCGAGAUGCCGCGUCCGACCUGAGUGCGUCCAGGCACUUAGGCAGCGAGAGCGAACGAGCGAGAUACCGAGCGAGGGCAACCGGCACCAGGAGGCAACAUUGGCCACGACUCCGAGGAUGCGGCUCGCGGGGCUCGUCCUCCUGCUGCUGAUCGCGACCCGCAACGGGGUUCGCGCCAACUGGUGGUACUUGGGCGUGGAGCCAAGGAUAAUAAGCCAUGGGGGUCACGACGUUGGCGUCGACGUGCCAACGCAAAUCGGAGCCGGAGUAAUGGGCCCGGCGAGCGCCGAGAGGAACUGCAAGAACUCCCACCUGACUAGUAAGCAGCAAGUGAUCUGCGUGAGAUCGCCGCCGGUUCUUCAGGCAAUCGGUGCAGGGGCAAGAUUAGCUAUUGAAGAAUGUCAACAUCAAUUUAAAUCCGCGCGAUGGAACUGCACGAUAAAUCCGGAUAAUGCUGAUAAUGUUUUCGGUGGUGUUAUGCACGUCAACAGCCGGGAGGCCGCGUUCGUAUACGCCGUUUCGGCCGCAGGAGUCGCCUAUAGCGUAACGCGCGCCUGCUCCAGGGGCGAACUCACCGACUGCUCCUGCGACAACCGCGUCAGGACGAGGCAGCACUCGAGCAACUGGCAGUGGGGCGGAUGCAGCGAGGACAUCCACUUUGGGGAGAGAUUCUCACGCGAGUGGUCGGAGGCGAGCGAGGAGCCGAUUAAGUACGGAGCGGCCCAUGGACCCCAGGGUCUAGCCGGCCUCCUCAUGAGGAAACACGACAGCGAGGCCGGGAGACGAGCCGUCCGCUCUCGAAUGCAGCGAGUCUGCAAGUGCCACGGCAUGUCCGGAUCGUGCAGCGUACGCGUCUGCUGGCGCAGACUGCCAACCUUCCGCUCGGCCGGGACAGCCCUGGCCCAACUCCACGAAGGCGCGGCCCUGGUGCGUCUGGCCCAACGCGGUAGUCACCGACCGGCCCGCCUCAGGCCUGCCAGACCGGAGCUCAAACGGCCCAAUAAGACCGAUCUCGUCUAUCUCGAGGACAGCCCCGACUACUGCGAACGAAAUCUCACAUUGGGCAUACCGGGCACGAAGGGCCGUAUCUGCAACCGGACAAGCCUGGGCCUAGAUGGAUGCCGACUGCUCUGUUGCGGCCGUGGAUACCAAACCCGCGUGCGUGACGUCAUAGAGAAGUGCAACUGUCGCUUCGUCUGGUGCUGCGAUGUCAAAUGUGAGCUUUGCAAGCACACGCGGGAGGAACACGUGUGCAACUAAGGACACCACCAAGGGCGACAACCACGAUUCCCGAGUGCGA